AUGUCUAUGAUUGUCGUAUUAGUUUAUCUCUCCGGCGCCGAUCAAGGUUGGCUACUAAUUUGUCUCGCCGGCGCGUCCCAUGCAAACGCACAACCGCCCAAACAAGCAGCGAUCGACGGCGGAGAUAACCCUUUCGGUCUGCCGUUCUGGUUCAAUUCACCUGAGCAUCACCGGUGCUUUUCCCGGACUGAUUUCGCUCCUCCAUCCUCUGGAAGCGUCAAACGUAAUAGCUCGGCAUUGACCAUGCCUAUGGCGCGUGUGGAUUUGCAGGAAAUGAAGGCCGUUACUGAGAUCUCUAAGGUGGGCACGCUUGAGGAUACUUGUGAAUUAGGCAUGGGAGUGUGCCAGAGUCCUUGCAAAUUGGAUUUUGGUACUAUCUACAACAGUCAAGUCAAUGAUGUCAAAAGUUCCAAUGUUAUUGUGACUGUGGCUGAUUCCCUCAGUGAUGAUGCUGUUAACGAUGAGGAUGUCAUUGCUAGGGAAUUGAGGGGAUCGUCUAAAGUAAAUAUCAAGCUUGAUCAAUUCGGUGAAUGUAGUGAUCCAAAUGAAAUUCUGGAUUCUGUGAAUGUUGAAGCUAGCAAACAGGAUUCCAGCUGUUCACCAAAAUGGCAUGCUGAGUUUGAGAAUCAAACGACUGAAUCGGACGACCAUGAGAAAUUAGAAGCUGCGAAUGAGGAAGUUAAUGAGCAGGAUUUGAAAUAUUCACCAAUACUAAAUACUGUGGUUGAUGGUCAAGCUAAGGAAUCAGAUAGAGAAAAUGAGAAAUUGGAUGCUGUAAAUUGGGCAUUCAAUGAGCAUGGAUUGAGUGGUUCACCAAAAUCAAAUACUGAGGUUGAAAAUCAAGUGGUGGAAUCAGAGGACGAAGAUGAGAAAUUGGACGCCACAAAUGGGGAAGUUGGCGAGAAGGAGGACUUGAGUGGUUCACCUAAAUCAAGUACUGAGGUUGAAGAUGAAGCGGCAGAAUCCAAUAAUCAUGCUGAGAAAUUAGAUGCCGUGACUGGGGAUGUUAGCGAGCAGGAUUCAAGUGGCUCACUGGAAUCAGAUAUCGAGGGUGAGGGUCAAGUGGCAGGAUUUACUGAUCAAGACAAGAAUUUAGAUGCUGCGAAUGGGAAAGCUAGUGAGCAUCUAAAUACUGAGGAUUUUCCUCCUUUGGUAAAGAGCAGUUCCCUUGAGGAUGGACAUGGGUUCCACAUUUCUUCUGUUAAUUUGGAUAGGAAAACUAGAAGUUGGAUGGAAGUUGUUACACUCCCACCUGCAUGUGUUGAUCUGAAAGUCAAAUCUCGAGUUAAUAAACCUUCUGCUGUAAGUAGUAGUAGAAAAAUAAAUGGCAAUGUUAGUACCCCUUGUGAAGAAGAGGUUCCGAAUACCUUUGAUGUUAAGAAUGACUUUGCAUCAAGCACGGAAGAUGCUGAGGAUGUGACAGAUCUAGUGGUUGAUGCAGGGAGUGGUAAAGAGAAAUCGUACCUUGAGGAAAGUGAGGGCACUGGAAAUUGUAACAGCCUUCAAAUAUCCAUUGGUUCAUUAGAGAGUUCUAGUGCUGAUGUGAUCAGUUAUGAGGAAGCUAAUGUUAAGGCUGUUCCAAAGCCGUUCAAUUUUCUUAUUAGGAUUCCGAGAAUGGAUGAUAGGACUCUUCAAGAACAGAUAAGUCUUGCACAGAAAGAAGUUGAUGAUAAGACGAAACUCAGGGAUGCUAUCCAAUUUGAGAUCCUCGAGGAAAGAGCCAACAGUCACAUUCAUAGGGCUGCUUAUGAGAGUGCCAAGGAUGAAGUCAGAAGUGCAAAAAGGUUGGUGAGUUCAAAACGCACGGAGAUAGAUUCUCUUCUGACUGUGAUUAGCAAAGCUAAAAAUGCAUUAUCUGUUGAGGAUAUAAAUGUACAGAUACACAAGAUGGAGCAUGCAAUUCAACACGAGACCCUUUCUCUGAAGGAAGAAAAGCAGUUCAUUCGUGAAAUGAAGCAACUUAAACAGCUUCGGGAACAACUACCUGCUAACCUUGGUAGUCAGGAUGAAAUCAAACAGGCACUUGAACAGAGACAUGAGGCUGAAGUGCGUUUAAAGAUCUUAAGAAAGGAGCUUGAUAUCCUUAAAGGUAAUGUUAUAAGAGCUGAGGCAGCUGCGUUGGAAGCAGAGAAGAAGUGUGAUGUUGAACAUAAAAAAGUAAAGGAACUUCAGACGAAAUCCCGAGCAGCUAAUGAUGUCCGCCAAGCAGCAUAUGUUCAAUUGCUGAAUCUCAGAAAAAAACUUAAGGCCAAGAACGACUACUUCUUCCAAUACAAGGAUGCAGCAGCAGCUGCCAAUCGUUAUGCAUUCAACAGGAAUAAAAAAGCACUCCAUGAUCUGUGCACGAAUCAGGUUGAAAAAUAUAUGGAACUUUGGAACACGAGUGACAAGUUCCGCCAGGACUAUGUCAAGUUCAAUGAGAAGAGUACGGUGAGGAGAUUCGGGACUUUGGAUGGCCGUUCACUCGGCCCUCAGGAAAAGCCACAUCUUCUACCCAGUUAUUCUCAUGAGAUCGUUGGUAAGAUGAUCUCAACACCAGCCAAGGCCAACUUGGUAUCACAAGUUCCAACUCCUGAGCUGAAGCAAAAAACAACUGUGAGAAAUGUGGCUAGCGAUGAUAAAUUUCCAAAGGAAACGACAGAAAAGGGAUAUCAGAUGAAUAAGAAAGCUACUGAACAUGCGGGAAAUAAACAGUUGAUAAUUCAAGAGGAGCCAAAGAAAUUAAGGGAAGAGGCUGUAUUGAGUGAGAAGGCAAAAGAAAUAUUGAGGCGGGAGGAGAGUGAGGCCAAAAUGAAGGAGCAACGUCGAGUUGAGGAGAUAGCCAAGGCUGAGGAAGCACGUGAGAAGAAGAAAAGGCAAGCAGAGAAAGUGCAGAUGAGAGCUGAAUUUAAAGCACUGAAAGAAGCUGAAGAAAAAGAAAAGAAGAGGUUGAGGAGACUGGAAAAGAAAGAAAGAAAAAGAGCAAAAAAGAACGAUGCCCCGGAUGAUAUCGACAAUUGUGAAGCAACGGCAAACUCUGAGGUGGGCUUGGAAAGUAGAAAGGAGACUGGAAACAAGGAAGAGACGUCUGUUGUGGCCAAAAAGAUUCAGGCACCUGUCAUCCCACCACCAUUGCGAAAUCGGAACAAGAAAAUGUAUCGGCAGUGGAUGUGGACGUUUUUGGUUGUCAUCGCAGUUUAUAUCCUCUUCUGCCUUGGGAAUUCGGAUGUGUUUACGAGAAUAACUGCCGACUGGCAAAUCUUGCACUAUCCGCUAAGAAGGGAAUUCAGCGGCGGACCAUAUUCGACGGAGCUCCGGGAGGCGGAGGUAGGCCUCAUAGGCGGAGCAUGGAGGGUCGGGCGCCGCCGAGAAAUCGGGGGAUGGCGAUUUGGAUCUCAGCGGUCGGGCGCUGCCGAGAGCUCCGGAUCUUCGAUUAUAAGGGCUUGA